AUCAUAAUUUCCAGGUUUGGUACACACUGAUCCCCAUUUUUCAACAUUCUCUGACAUUUCAGAGACAAAACUAGUACUGGAUUGAUUGAUAAUAAAAUAAUUGUUUUAUUGCAGCCCCUACUUAAUUCUAACAUGUAUGUAUUCCACUUUUAAUUAGCAUAGAACAUGGAAUAAUCGACACAUUAUUGUAUUAAAUUGCAGCCUUUGUAAUUUAUAAAUUUUAUUCAUAAAUCCUAAACAUUGAGGAGGGUUUUUUAGGCACAGAUUUAAUUUACAACCCAUACGUUUGUUUAAGUGUCUUAAUUGCUGAAAAAACCCAUUUGGUUUUCAUGGUCCUGGAUCAUGGGUCUCAAGCUCAAAACAUGAACUUGGGCACACUGAGCAUCUAGUCUGGUCAGGAUUUGCUCACUUUUCCCACCCUCAAGUAUGAUCUUUAAAUCAUAACAUAAUAUUCCAUCAUGUGACGACUAUUCUAUGAACUUCUUUCUGUCUGUCAAUGUGCAAAUAGCCUUUAUUCUAAGUGUUAUAUUUAGCACACCCGGUCUAUGUUAUUAUAUUAUUAAUUCAUCAUUGCCCUGCCUUGCCAUAGUAAUUGCGUAAGAGGUUGUCUAAAUCAGGUUUUAGUCACUCCUAAAUGAAAAUGGGUUGCACCACUUUUACUAGCCAUUGUGUUGUAGAGCUUAGUAAUUACAAAAUAUUUUCACCAACCCCAUAUUUGGUGUAAGUGUUAGUGUACCAUACCCUAGCUACGCUCUCCAAUUUGUGCGCUCAGACCCUAAUAAUGGCUCAUUUAGAGAGGAUGAUGGCACUGCAGGAGGAACAACAACCUGUCAUCAGCAACUUUCGUUCAGUGCAAUGAGAUAGAUAUUUAUUCCCGUUGCUGUUUCUGGCUUGACCACACAAUCGAAAUCACAAACUUGCUAACUGCGGCUAUUGUGCACCACCCUCCAUCUCUUUUUCUUGUUUUGUAUUUCAUUGGGAUAUUUUGCUACAGGGUCAAUGCAGAUUUGGGGCUUGAGGACACGUGUUGGGAAAAGCCAAUCAUCACCAUGAGUUUUAAUUGAUAAUAUUGUACAUGUUACAGUUAGAACGAUGUUUUCCGGCAGGUAGGCUUUUGCUUUGUUGUGAUGUUGAGGAGAAUCUCACUGUUUACUUUCUGCUUUGCAUGCUGAUUUGGCAACCAUUACUCAUGCAACUAGCAAACCACUUGUGCAUUACUAUGAAUUCCCUGGCUAUGCGAUUGCGUAAGUUGGUCUUGUGCAACCAAAAUUAGUAAACUCCUUGCUGUAAACUAGCUUGUAAUUCCUAAGGCUUUAGUGGUGUUUUGGUAAUUAGUGAAUCCUGAAUUUACUAGAGACUUAUAGCAAAUUGGUGCAACCCCACCCAGGAGCUUUGUCAGUGCGAGUUUAUUUCUGUUGCCACUUCACAUGUGAGUCUGUUGUUGUUUGAAUUUAGCUCAAUGAAGCUUGUUUUAUUUGGGUAUGGAUGCUUCCUGCAUAUACAGUAGAUAAGCAAUGCAAAUAUUGCUAAUAUUCAAAGCAGGAGACAUUGGAGGUCGUUGCCAAAGCACUUACAUAAGGUUCAAAAAGUGCUCAGCAUAGCUGUCAUUUGAAUUUUGCUACUAAGACAAUUAUAUUUUUUACUUUAUCAAGAUAGAAAACAUCCACUGCAUCCUAGUAAUGUGACAGAGUGAACAUGUCGGAGCAGUUCAUGUGAUUCUUUUAUUCCCAGACAUUAAUAAGAUUUAAUAAUCUGUAUUGGUAACACCAGACACUGGUGUAAAGCAGAGGUAGACAUGACACACCUGCCGUCUCAUAGACUUGGAGAAAUUAUUAGUGUAAAGUGGCUUCACCUGUGUUCGCUGAGGGUGUGGUGGCACAUGUGACUCACUCAUAUCAACCAUGAAAGCGAGUGAUUUGGCUCAGCUUCCAUGAAAAGGGUAAUCCUAAAGGAGACUGGAAGGCACUCUAUAGACCACAGACAUUUCUGUUGUAAGAUUAGACUGUCACAUGGUUGGGAGGCUUUGGAUAAAACAUUUCCUCGUGAAGGCUGGUCCAAACUGAUUGGCUUUAGUGUGGGAUUCAUGGGAAGUCAUUUGCUGUUGUCAUUCAGUCAUAAAUAAUGCCCUGUGUGACUGAGGGUUACCAGUUUUCAAGUUUUUCACAAGUAGGUUUUUACUUAGAAGGAACUUGCUGUGAUGUUUUUGACUACAAAAAGUUAGAUUUGUUUUAGUUGUGGCUAAAGGUAACAAUCGUCAUCAAACUAACUGCACAUUAUUGUUACAGGAUUAUUUUUACUGAGUCUGAAUACAGUUUUCAACAAGUUCACGGUUCGAUAUACAUUAAUGUCAUAUUUAUGCUUUGUUUGUUUUCUGUCCGCUAAGAAGUUUAGAUCACAAUUUCUUCACAAAAAUCAAUCUUUUACAAUCUGAUAUUUCAUCACAAUAAUUGAAACUCACCCCCGCCGUAGAGGGGAUGCUUUUGUAAUGUUUUUUUAACCAAAGUGAGACCAAACAAUCCCAAAGAGCAAAGUCCAAAGCCAAGACACAAGAAAUGAUUUAACCGCUGACAAAAAAAAGCUGAUACUCUUCUUAAGUGAUACGGCAGAACUGACUUUUAUCUUUUAAAAUGCCAAAUAGAAUAUAGAAUAGAAUACAAUUUAUUGUCCAUCGGGUGCUUUUUUUGAAGAGUAAUUUUUUCUUACUCUUCAACAUGAUAAUAUUCAAUAAGCACUCACAUAAAAUGGAGAAAAACAAUUGCAUUGCAAGUACUGUGUAUUAUUGAUUGUUUCACCAACAAAUCAGGCAAUCAAAUGAUAAUUAAUUACAUUUUUAGCGCAUGCAGGGCAGUUCCCUCCGUUUCACAAGGAGAAUCCCAAGAAAGACGAGUGCGUUUAUUGAUUUCACGCUGUAUCGUUACAUAGUGAUCUACUGCAGUGUUUGAACAAUGGGUAUUGAUAGAUAAGUUUCAAGCACAGUGAAAGUAAAGCAUUGCCAAGAACACUAUGUUGUCACACAAUCAGAAGCCAAAGAGAACCACGUAUUGAUAAAACAAUAGAGAAGGAAUUUAACGAUAAGAUAAUCAGUCAUGCCCUUUGCAGUUGAGUAGCACGGUGUAUUUAACACACAGAUAGUAUCUUAUUCAUCUAUUUAUUUCUAUCAUUGGUGCUCUAGAUCAUGUGGUUUCUAAAUAAAUGGGAGCACAGUCUGGUUAAUACUGUGUUUCUCUCCUCUGUGCUACAGGAUCCAUGACCCCUAUCCAUUACAGGACACGGUUUCAUUUGCACCAAGUAGAGACAAAGAGUGAAAGAAGGCCUGUAUGACGUCAGCCAGCGUGCCUGCAUGUGAAAAGACAUGUGUGCACACAUUUAUAUUUAGGCUUGUGUGUUUGCAAUCAGUCAUUGAGCUACUUAGUGUACUUCACCUGUAGUAGUGCAGCAUCAGCAGUGUGUGACACACAUACACACACACAUGUGUAUAUAUAGUAGCUGGAGAGCUAGGAGCUCCUUCCCUCUGCCUUUUUUUUCUAGUUACACCAAUUCCCCUCUGCAUUCCUGACACCAGUGCAGCCAGAGCUCAUACACAACUACACAAAAUAUACACACACUCACACACAGAGAGAGAGGGAGAGAGCGCGACACACACACACACAUUACUGUGUUGGUGUGCUGCUGGAGAGGCAGGGCUCUGGUUUCAUUUGGGCUUCAGGCAGCCGCUAUGUUAGAGCCUCACGUUUGCGUGCGUUGGCCACUGAGCGCUUGACAACAAAGAUAUCAUCUCGGGUGAGUCGCUCCAAGAAAACCAAGAUGAAGACAUGGAGAAGUUGAUGUUUCCGGAUCAUUGUUUCACUUUCGCUACUUGAAUGGAUUCAGCUGUGGACGAUGCAGGCGUAGAUGAAUAUACCAGACACCGUUUCUAAGGGAAUAAUAGGAGGCAGAUCUUGGACUGAGGUCAGAGCUCUGUCAGCCAAUGGCUACUAUAGAAACCAAAGCUGCCACCAGUAGCAGCAGCAAUGCUGCAGGUCUCUCAUGGGCACGGUUAUGUAAGGAGUGUGGCCAGCAGCACGAUGGCAUGGACAGUCACCUGUAUGAGUACCAGGACGAGGUGGACGACGAACUGGUUUGCCACAUCUGUCUGCAGCCACUGCUCAAGCCCAUGGACACCCCCUGUGGCCACACGUACUGCUUUCACUGCCUGAGCAACUUCUUAAAAGAGCAGGACUUCUGCCCAGUGGACCGCCAGCGAAUACAGUUGCAUCAGUGCCGUCCAUCCAGCCUGCUGGUCAGGAACCUGCUGGACAAGCUGACUGUGAUGUGUCCUCAUUCUGACGAAUGCCAGCUGCAAAUGCAGCGCUGUGAACUGCAGCCCCACUUGCACAACAGAUGUCCUGUUUUUAGAAGACUGAGAGAGGAAGCGGAGAAAAGGAAGAGGCCCUCUUGGAAUGAGAUAAAAGGACGUAAGAGUGAAGGGGAGGCGCCCGGCGAUGCUAAACAUUCAGCAUCACUGUCCCGAAAUCCCACCCGGGAUCAGCCUGAGCCUGGGAUGAUUAAUCCGGCCUAUGAGGAGAGUGAGGACGACAACACCCCUCUCCGCUCGAGUCUGGUGGCCGAGGCCAACAUGGUGGAGUUGUUCAGAGAGGAGCCGGAGGAGGAGCUGGGCUUUCGCAUCGUGGGGGGAAAAGACACGCCACUAGGGAACAUAGUCAUCCAGGAGAUAGUGCGGGACUCGCUAGCAGCUCGUGACGGCAGAUUGGCCCCAGGGGACCAUAUCUUGGAGGUGAAUGAUAUCAGCUUGGCUUCCGUCCCCCACGCCAGGGCCAUCGCAGUGCUGCGGCAGCCUUCACUCCUCCGACUCACAGUGAUGCAGGAGAAAGGUUUCAAACCCAGAGAUCAACGGUCCGAUCACCAUCCGUCCUCUUCGACCACUUCCACCACCACCAUCGCCCAAUCCUCCUCGAGUUCCCACGGCAACGCUACCUCCAGUCACAACCCCGGCACGGUGCUGCAGGUGACGCUGAUGAAGAGUCAGCGCAGCGAGCCACUCGGCAUCAAACUCAUCCGCAAAUCGGACGAGAGUGGGGUUUUCAUCCUGGACUUGCUGCCUGGUGGUUUGGCGGCUGAAGAUGGGAAACUGAGUAACAAUGACAAAGUGUUGGCCAUUAAUGGACACGACCUUAGGCAUGGUACACCAGAGAGUGCUGCACAGAUCAUACAGGGAAGUGAGGUUCGUGUGAACUUUGUGGUAAUGAGAAGUGCAGAGACUCAGGAGGAAGGCGGCAGCGGCAGGGAGCACAACGGGAGGGCAGCCAGGAGAAAUCCUGAGCCACAGUACUUUAGACGCCGUUCCACGUACAUGAAGGAUCCUCCAGGUGGGUUUUCCAGCCAGGAGAAGACCGUGAGCCUGAAGAAGGAGCCUCGUCUUUCUCUGGGCAUCACCAUUGCCGGGGGGAGGGACUGUCGCAGCCGCCUGCCUGUUUACAUCACAAGUGUGCAGCCUGUCGGCUGUUUGCACCGAGAUGGCACCAUCAAAAGAGGUGACGUUCUGUUGAGCAUCAACGGUGUCGACCUGACCCAGUUGACCUACAACGAGGCCGUUUCUGUGCUGAAGGCUCAGACGGCUCAGUCGCAGGUGGUGCUGCGUGUCAUCCAGACGCUCUCCGACGACUCGGAGGAGGAAAACAACGCCGCCAAUAAGGACGAACUGGACUCCGGGGACGACACGAGGGACGACACCCUCAACUGGACACCACUGUGGACUCGCUGGUUGGGAUUACCAAGUCACAUGCACUGGUGCCAUGACAUUGUUCUGCACAAGACCAACAACGACAGCUGGGGCUUCAGCAUUGUCGGGGGCUACGAGGAGAGCCACGGCCAGCAGCCUUUCUUCAUCAAAACCAUCGUGCCUGGUACACCCGCUCACUUUGACGGACGCCUCAAGUGCGGCGAUGAAAUAGUGGCAGUGAACGGAGCCACAACGGUGGGGAUGAACAACUCAUCGCUCAUCCCCAUGCUCAAGCUGCAGAAGAAUAAGGUCACACUGACUGUGGUGUCCUGGCCUGGCAGUCUAGUGUAGAAAACACACUUCUUUAUUUACUCUCUAUCUCACACUCACACACAGCUGCGUUCUGGACUGAGCCACUCACUGUCCCCUCCACAUGUCACCGGUCGUCUGGUUACGUUUGGUAUCAAGGCCUCAGAUCAGUUAUGUAACACAGGAAUUGUGUGUGUGAACAUAUCUGGUGAGCACACGGGGGGCGGGGGGCUGGGGGGAUAUUUAAUCAGGGUUCAAAAUGAUGACAAUCAGUGGAUUUGCUGAAAUGGAAGGAUUUUUUUUCUAUAUUUUUGAUAACCUGUCGGAUAAUGUUAUGAAUCGGUUUGAGUGAUUCACCUAAAACAGCAUCCAAAGAUGAAAGUGUAGAUCUUUCACGCACACAGCUUUAUCGAUGCCGUCCGGGAUUAUAACAAAAUUGCCGCUGACCGAUGCCAAAGACGGAGAAAUCAUCCUAAUUUGUGUGAUUUUAUCAACUCUCUUUACAUAAACACAGUCUCGAUGAUGGACGCUAAUGUAAACAUCUGAAUCUGCACAUUAUAGAAAGACUUAUUUUAACGUAAUCUCCUUUCAAGAGUUUUAAACACACAGUUUGUCAUUUCUCCUGCUAGGAGUCUGUCAAUUAAAACAAAACAAAAGACCUUGUUUUAUGACAAGGGGAAGCAGCAUGGGAUCAUGGGAUCAUGGGAAUUCUUGUCUCGUUUGGUUUCCUGUGUGCAUCCUGCGCUUUACAGGGAAAGUUUCUGUGGCUCGUCACUGGCUGUGUCGUAGCACCAAAGAAUUCCUUCCUCACUAUGUAAAGCAACUAGCUAGCUAGCAUUGUUACAUAUUAUAUCUUUAAAUGGUCUGAAUAAUCACUCAAAUCAUGCACUCCCUUGAAUUAGAACUACAAUAAAUCUUCAUGGUCAGUUCAAACAGAGCUGGUAGGAAACUGCUUGGGUUCAGGGAAAAGAAACGUCAUUUCAAAUUGUUAUAGAAGCAAAUAAAUGUAUGACAAAUUGAUUUUUUUUAAUAUAUAUACAUAAUUUUACCCGCACUGUUGUUAAUCCUUAAACAAGACACAAGUUUUUACUCAAGAGUUUUGAUUUAUUGAUCGAUUACAUGUGCUCUGUAUUUAUUUCACAUGAUACGAUGCCUCAUGCUGAUGAGUUGGCUGUGGAAGUGGGUGCCUUGUAGACAUUGAAGGACAAACCAGAUUGUAUAGUUGCCUUAAAAUUGCCACUUUACCGACACGUGUUUCCUUUCCUCUCAUUAUACAGUGUGUAUAUAGUUUGAAUAUGAAUUCAAGGAUGAAUGGCCGAGCCCAGAUAAAAAUUGAUUUACUCUUUUGUUCCACACAUUCCCCCGUAGCCUUUCCUGUAUCUUGUUGAAUAAUUCAGAAUAUUGUCAGCGAGUUAGUUUUUUGUUUUUGUUUUUUAAUCAGAAUGACUAUGAAUUAUUAGUAAUGUUAUGUGUUGGCUCAUACAGUUUCAUUAUGUUGAAUAAAGUUGUAACAAAUCCA